ACGCACACACACAUACACACACGCGCGCAUACUCAUGCACGCAGACGGCAACUUUCCUCUAUCGGACUGACACAGCACACACGCCGGGAUAGACACACUCCCCCCUUGCUACAGUGGAGAAGAGGAUAAGGAGUGACAGAUCAGGAUCACAAAAAAAAAAGAAAUACAGGAAAAAAGAGGAGGUUUCCCAGGUGAAGAGGAGGAUCGUGCUGACGUUUCGUCCUGUCCAAGAUGGCAAACCUUGUGACAUCGUUGUGCUGUGUAGUUCUGGCCGCCGUGGUGGUAGCCUACGCUCAGAGACGCAGUCAGCUUGUUGCUAGGAACCAGUAUGAGCGAAUGGGCAGUGAUGUCACCAUGCAGUGCGGCUCCCUGGACAACGACGCGUCGGUGUCCUGGAAGGUGAACGGGACAGAUGUGAAGGCGCAGCACCGUCUGGAGGGUCCCAGGCUGAUGCUGAACGAGGUGGACCUGGGACACAACGGACUCUACAGCUGCUUCCAGAACCCGCACGGAGAGAGACGCGACACCAUCUACCUCCACAUCGGCAUUCCUCCCCGGGAGCCCACAGUCACCUGUCGGUCCAACACCUACCCUAAAGGUUUCUACUGCAGCUGGCACCAGCUGCACGCCACCUACAUCCCCACCACGUUUGAAGUAGACGUACAACACAACCAGCUGUCACUGGAGGUGCAGAAAGAUCCGGACCACAAGAACCGCUGCCGUGUCCGUUUUCCUGAGGUCUUCUCCAGCUUCCCCUACAAAGUGAACGUGACAGCAGUCAACGCCUUGGGGAAAGCCUCUACUACCAUUUCCUUUGAAGAGGCCAGUAUAGUCAAACCGGACCCCCCAGAGCGAGUGACGGCGACCCCGAUCCGUUUCAACGCCCGGAGGCUGGAGGUGUCCUGGCACAGCCCCGCCACCUGGCCCGACAUCGACAACUUCCCUCUGAAAUACUUCCUCCGAUACCGGCCGCUCAUCCGAGAGCAGUGGCAGCAUGUGGAGCUAUCUGACAGCACCUCCCACAUCAUCACCGAUGCCUACGCUGGGAAGGAGUACAUCAUCCAGGUGGCUGCCAAGGACACAGAGAUUGGAACAUGGAGUGACUGGAGUGUUGCCGUCCACGCUACGCCCUGGAUUGAAGACCCUCUGCCCAUCACUUCCACAACUGAAGUGGACCCGUCUACCGAGACUAAGACCUCCCCCAUCCCGUCCUCCAACGCACCGCAGAAGGCUGAACCUCCAGUGGGCCGAGCUGCCAGGCUCCUCACAUUUUUCUCCCCUUUGCUGUUAGGAAUGCUGCUGCUGUUCAUGUGAUGUAAAUGUCUCAUUCCUGAAGGGAGUAGGAGGACGAAGAGGAGGAGGAGGAGGAGGAGGAGGAAGAGGAGGCUGGUCUUUUUUCUAUUUUGCACAUGUUUCAAGGAUACAGUGCAUCGAUCAUUUCUGUCCAUCACACAGUUACUCACCGAGAUUACCGAGACAUGAAACCAGACGAUGAUAAUGCGAUUCAGCAUUUUUGAUAAAUGGUGACAAAGAAAUUCUUCAGAGGAACUUUUGAAAGCGGCAUCUUCAUCUUCAUCUUCUUCUUCAUCAUCAUCAACAGCAGCGACAGGAGCAGCAACAACAACAACAACAACAGCAGCAGCAGUGAUAAACAGUGUUAUAUUCCCCCCCGGUGGCUCUGACGGGCCACAGCAGCAGCAGCAGACUUUGUUUGGCAGACAGAAGUUUGGGAAUCUCCUCCAAGAAAAUCAGCUCCUCAGAUGACAAAAACGAACCCUCAUUCACCUUUUUUUUAAAAUAUUUGAUCACGACUUAAUUUUCUUCUGACAUUGCAGCGCUGUACACACAAACACACACAUACCCAGAGCAUUCGUGCGUGUGUUUGUGUGUAGAGUCUCCGUAGCAGUCCCCAUACAGCUAAAUCAUCAUGCCAAAGACUCAACUUCACCCUCCGCCCGACAACAACUAAAAGGUUCCGGAAUGAUUCACCGAGCUUCCUGGAAGCGAAGUGUUUCUGCCUUCGUCGCGGGUUCAAAAACCCCAAAAAGUUCGCCGAAACGGUGUAAAACUUGAGACGAGUCCGAGGAACCGCCCCCCCCCCGCAGCUCCUUCCUGUUUGUGCACCAUCCAACAAAGACGCCACACAAAUACUCAAUCAAUCUGAAUCUGUCAACUCCCAACGACUGAAGCGAGCCGUUUUUUUUUUUGGUUUGUUUGUUUUUUUUUCUCGAUAUGAGGACUAACACUUUGAAGAGUUCAGUAACGGUAGUCUGGCUUAUUUAGACAAUUAGCUUUACACUCUGCUUUCAGCGGCCGGCAAAGAGGACCUGGAUUGUAAAAAAACUAAAAAAAAAAUGAAUAAAGUGGAUUUGAGACUGAACAAUUCUUUGCCCACCCAUUUGUUUUGGUUUCCACGACGACGAAGUUCUUGAAACAUUGAUACAUUGAGCGAUGUUGGUUUUUCCAUUCUGCUCUGUGCUGUAAAAUACAAUAACACGAUACAGUUUGCUUUCCGAAUCCUGACGCCUUUACCAACAUUUUAAAAAAAAUGUCUUUUUUUUGCAGUUUACAUUUCAAUAGCCAAUAUCACCAGUUAAUAUUAUGUUAUAUUCAAAGGAAUAUUGAUGUGUUUUAUUGUAUUAUUUUUUUUAUCUUACGGACAAAUAAUACAGACACACAUAUAGGAUUUUAGUUUUUUUCAGACAUUCAUAAUGGCUUAAUUCUCCUUGAUCCUAUUUUGUAAACUAUGAUAUGUAACUUUAACAUUGAACAAAAAGUUUAUUAUUUAAUAAUAAUAAUAAUGUAUGUAUUAGCAGUAGAAUGUCGUAACCUGUACCUGGGGUCUUUUUUAUAGAUGUAUAUACAAUGACAGGUUUCAACCAUUAAAUGUGACCAUUUCACAAUGAAUGAUGA